AAUGAAAAUAAUAAGCGAUCAAUGAAUGCUAAAGAAGCUAAUGAUAAAAAGGCGUUUGCAACAUUUGGUGGAGGUGCUAGGAUUUGUCCGGGAAAGCUCUGGGCGCUAACUAAAAUAAAAGUUCUUUUAGUUGCAGUAUUAAUGAAAUAUGACAUGGAAUUUGUAAAUAAAGAUCAAGAAUUGGAUUUAUCUUGUGAUUCAUCUUAUCAUUGGCGAGAGCUUAGAAUCCAUUUAAGACCUAGAAUGCAGGAUAU